UGGAUGAACACUCACCCAGUCAACCAUCCACAGAGAACUUUGUCACGGCCGACUAUAUCGUCUUUGGUUUGAUGCUACUAGUCUCCGUGGCUAUAGGACUCUAUCAGGCCUUGAAGAAGCAGCCACAGGAUGCCAGUACUGAUGACUUCUUUACUGGCGGUCGCAGUAUGUCAGCGGUGCCUGUGGGACUCUCCCUCUGUGCCAGCUUCAUGUCAGCCGUGCAGGUUUUGGGAGUUCCGACAGAGGCUUAUCGCUAUGGAUUCAAAUUCCUUUACAUGUGCCUCGGACAAAGCAUCAACUCUCUGCUGACUGCCUUUUUGUUCCUGCCGGUUUUCUUUCGGCUUGGCAUCACAAGCACCAAUCAGUAUCUAAAGAUGAGGUUCGGCAGAGGGAUGCAGCUGCUGGGGAGUGUCCAGUUUCUUGUGGCCACACUGCUAUACACUGGGGUGGUCAUUUAUGCACCAGCAUUGAUCCUCCACCAAGCAACUGGACUCAAUAUGUGGAUGUCUCUUUUCUCUUCCGGAAUCAUCUGCACCCUGUACACAACUCUGGGGGGCAUAAAAGCUGUGAUCUGGACAGAUGUUUUCCAGAUUGUUGUCAUGUUUUCAGGCUUUAUGGCCAUUUUCAUCCACGGCACAGUUCUGGUUGGUGGUCCUGCAGCAGUGCUGGAAAUUGCUACCAAUGGAUCGCGGAUUAAUUUUAAUGAUUUCAACUUUGACCCACGACAACGUUACACAUUCUGGAGCUUGACUGUUGGGGCUUCACUUUUGUGGCUGUCCAUGUAUGGAGUAAACCAAGCUCAAGUCCAACGAUACAUCUCCUGCAAGACUGAGAGACAAGCCCAGUGGGCACUAUUUGUCAACCAAUUAGGUUUGUGCCUAAUUGUCAGUAGUGCAGGAACCUGCGGCAUCGUUAUGUUUGCUUAUUAUAUCAAGUGUGAUCCUCUCCAGUCUGGCAAAGUGGCUUCUCCUGAUCUUUAUAUGCCGUACUUUGUGCUUGAUAUAUUCAAGAGCUAUCCUGGCUUUCCAGGUCUAUUCCUGGCCUGCGCAUAUAGUGGCACUCUGAGCACAGUUUCAACAAGUAUUAAUGCAAUGGCUGCAGUAACAAUGGAGGACCUUUUUCAACAAUAUCUGCACCAUAUGAGUCAAAAGAAACAGAUCCUUAUUUCUAAGGGGCUGACCUUCCUCUAUGGAGUUGCAUGUAUAAUCAUAGCUGUUCUCGCCUCCUUUCUGGACUGGGGAGUUCUUCAGGGGUCUUUUACCGUCAUGGCUGUGGUCAGUGGUCCAUUGCUCGGUGUAUUCAUCUUAGGGAUGUUUAUUCCAGCCUCAAAUAAACUGGGGGCAUUCUCAGGAACAGCAGUGGGCUAUUGUAUCUCUUUGUGGCUGGCUGUUGGUUCCACUCUUUACCCACCCAGUUCAAGGACCAUGGGCGUAUUGCCAAGUUACACAGCCAAGUGUGAACUUCAAAACCUCACCCUGAAUAGCACGGCAUCAAGGAAGUCUUUAUCUCUUCCAAUAUCUAGGGGCCUGCAUAACUUGUACUCUAUCUCCUAUCUCUAUAUUGGUGCCAUCGCAACAAGCUCAGUUGUCAUAGUUGGGCUCUUCAUAAGCUAUGCUACAGGACCAAUGAAAAGAACUGAUCUUAACGACGGUUUAUUAUGGUGGGACUUGGGUAAGAAGCCAGCAAUCAUCCAAUCACAAGGCGAGAGCACAACAUGUACAGAGCGUCAGUGUGUGCCUAUGAUGGAGCCGCGCGAAAGUGAUGAAAACCACGCACAAGAAAUGGAAACCUUUAACAUUAUUAAGUCCAUUGUCCAAGUCUAAACCAAAGAUUUU